CCUUACACACACACACAAGUGGCUUGUUUGUUCAUAGGGAAAAGGAUCACGUGACAUGUGUGAACGCGUCUCUGAUUGGUUAGCUGUUAGAAGUGAUUUCUUUUAUGUCUAUAGAUUCUCGAGGGAUGUCUUCUGCUAGAUUUGACUUAAAAACUAGCGUCUUCACUAAUAUUGUACUUUUUUCCACUGCAUCAUUCAAUUGAAAAGCAAUAUUUCUCGUGACCAGUGCUUUCAUAUGGGUUAGUAACAUGGGUUUAGUCAUUGGUCACGUGCACUAGGACCUACCACUUGCAUAUUUAGAAAGCUAGGAUCCAAAAUAUGCUGUCUAGAAGUAGCAUUGUCAAGUAAUAAAACACUGUAGAUGAAGACAAGCAGUUCCAGCUUAUCCUCUUUAAUUGAUACCCUCAUUGCUUCACAUUUAUGAACGUUUCAACUAACUCCAGACUCCAUUUUUUGCUAAAAAAUAAAUAGUGCUUUGUGUGUAGCGCAAAGUAUCAGCCUCUAUAUAAAUCCCUGAACCCCUUUUAGUUGUUUAUAUCAAAAACCCAUUUGUGUUUGGAACGCAAAAUGGUGAAAAGUUUAGCUCUUUCUCUGAUUCUCUUUGUUCUGUAUGCGUCCACCGCAGCUAUAGCCACGGCCAGAAACCUUGGAGAGGAAUCUAGUGAUGAUACAGAGUUCGUGAAAGCCUCUUGUGAGACAACAACUUACCCGGAACUAUGCUUUCAGUCUCUGUCUUCGUAUGCAAGCGAGAUCAAGAAGCGCCCUCGUCAGCUCGCUGAGACAGCGCUUGCUGUUAGCUUGGCUCGAGCAAAGUCAGCCAAAACUUAUGUCUCGGACAUGACUGACUAUAAAGGAAUCACAGAGAGGCAGCACGAGGCUGUCUCGGACUGUGUAGAAGAGAUGGGAGAUACUGUUGACAGGUUGAGAAGUUCGCUCAAGGAACUGAAGCAUCUGGAGGAAGGCGAAAGCGGAGAAGACUUCUGGUUAUGUCUGGACAAUGUCAGGACGUGGACAAGUGCGGCUCUGACAGAUGAGAGCACGUGUCUUGAUGGGUUUGGAGGGAAAGCCAUGGAUGGAGAGCUUAAAAGCUUAAUCAGAGAACACAUUCUGCGUGUGGCACAAGAUACGAGCAAUGCAUUGGCUUUGAUCAAUGUAUUUGCUUCCAAGCAUUGAAGAUAUUGCAAAGGUUUGGUCCUGGGGGACUGGUGUUUUACUCUUGGAUUUCUCUUCUUUUGUGUGUGUUUUGGUUUGGUUCCGAGUCAUCAGUUUUCGCUUACUACAUUGUUAUAUGACAAAUCACCUACGGGCUCACAUAGUUGAUUUUAAAUUGGUAAAAUUAUAUAGAUCUGUAAGCCAUGUAGAGGAUGUUGCAAUAAUAUCUUUUAAAUC